GAAAACUAAUUAAAGUGUAUCAUAUCAAAUUUGACCACUCGUGCUGCUCAUUUUAAAAAGAACAAAUAUUGGAUCCACCUAACUUCAUCUUCUAUGGUUUUGACAUGUGAUGGCCACACUAUAUCCUCCAUGAUCAAGAUCUCACCAAACGCCAAUGGAUCCCCUCCAUCUUCUUUAUUUAUUCCCAACAACCCCUCCUAGUCCUGCCACUCCACUCACCUUCAGUACCAACAACACCCACACACUUCCUCUCUUUUCCCUUGCUCUUCAAGCCUUCUUUCUAUACAGGGUCUUGAAGAGCCAAUAUUCAAAAUCUGAUUAAUCUUUCUGUGUUCUUAAUACUAAAAGAAACUGUCUGUAAAUGGGUAAGGUGUACAAUUUAGCUGAGGUUUCCAAGCACAACAAUGCCAAGGAUUGUUGGCUCAUUAUUAGUGGCAAGGUGUAUGAUGUGACAAAAUUCUUGGACGAUCACCCUGGUGGUGAUGAGGUUUUAUUGUCUGCAACAGGAAAGGAUGCAACCGAUGAUUUUGAGGAUGUCGGACACAGCAGUAGUGCUCGAUCAAUGUUGGACGAGUAUUAUGUUGGUGAUAUCGAUUCUUCAACCAUCCCAACAAAGGUCAAGUACACUCCUCCCAACCAACCUCAUUACAACCAGGACAAAACAACACAGUUCAUCAUCAAGAUCCUUCAGUUCUUGGUUCCUUUGAUUAUUUUGGGCGUGGCUGUUGGCGUCCGCUUCUACACCAAACAGUCAGCUUGAAGAUUCAUUAGCGGUGAUCUCAUAAUAAGAAUUGAAAUCAACGAGAUGCUGGAAGAGCGAAAAGACAAAAAAAAAAAAGUAAAAAAAAAGAGUUAUUUCUUUGUUAGCCAGGCAAAUCUUUGGUUAAAUUCUGGGAAUAGUUAUGAUAUUUUGGUUUCUGGUGUUGUGAGGAUGCCUUUGCUUAAUCUUUGUUCCCAUUUUAACUGUCCUUUUUAUUUUUAUCAGUUUGUAGCUUGAAUUUUACUGCAUCGAACUACUUUUUGUUUUUUUUUGAAAAAAAUAUAUAUCAAUCUGUGUCUCGUGAA